GACCGCGACCGGUGCAUCGACAGAAGCGAGCGCUCCUGCCGCAUCUUCUGUUUUGCAGCUCGUGAACUCGUUGCAAGAGAAGGUGAAGCGCGAACGCAACCCGGCAAAACGAAAAUCACUUGCCAAGUCCCUGUUGCAGGAGUUGCAGAAAAAAAGGGAAGCAGUUGCGUCUUCGGCGAAAAGUACCUCCCCGAGGAGGACUACGGGCUCUACCAGCAGUGGCGCAGCAGCAUCGAAGAAGACUAGUGGACCUGAUCUGAGACAGGAAUCUAAUCGUCUCCCGGUCAGAUCGACUGGCAAGGCCGGCGAAAGCGCAGCUCCAUCUCGAAGUCGGAAAACGGAUGACAGCAAACAUGGUCCUCGUUUGGUCGAAACAAGUAGUAGGAGCAGGACGAAGUCGAAGGUCGGUAGAAUACAAAACCAUGAAACGAAAACAGGGCAUUCAACGGCAGCGCAGGUUACAAAAAAACAAAAAUCUUCCGUAGUAUCAGCGGAAAAGACAACGGCAACAGCAAAGAAGUUGAAGUCAGGAAAGAGGCCUUCCAGUAGUCUUUCAUCGAAUUCCAAGAAAAAAUCGGCCACUGGUAGGACACAAAGUUUGAACUAUAGUGGCAACACCAAAGGUGGAAAAGUGGAGCACGUAGUACGAACAACCAGCAGUAAGAAACCGCACGAAGUGAUAAUAAAACCUGCAGGAGUGCGGAAAGCGCAAAAGCAAAAAACUGCAGAUCUGUACUCUAAUUCGCUUCUGCAGCCACGGUGGCGGCGACGAGACUACGACGAAGAUCCUUUACCCGACUAUGAAGAGCCAGACGUGAUGAUCUUUCCUGAUUCGUCUGGCCCACAGCAAGACGUUGAAAGAGCAGCUGAGCGAGAAGCGAACAUGCUGCUCCAGCAUCGCGGUGCAAAAACAUCUCUACGAGCAUCUUCAUCCGGACACCAGGCCACAAAAAUCACACUCGGCAAGAAAGGAAUCGCAACAGAAGCGUCACCGAAGCCACUGCGAAAACUAGUGCGUCGAGCUACUUCAUCAAAAUUUGAUGAGGUGGACGAAAACGAAAAUCGAGAUGCAACAAUGAAUGUGGAUGUUGACUCGCAAGAGGAGCUGUUCCUCAGAGACCAGGAAGGGGCGACAGCAUCUGUAGCUGUACGAGAAUCCGCACGGACGAGAGCAAAGUCCCUCUUACGUGGCUACCGCAGCAAAGAGAAGGAACAUCACGAUAAUCAAAAGGGAGACGUGUCCGUGUCGAAAGAGACAACUUCAACUGGGAGUGCGCCAGCCGGGCUGCGUGGUCGGGACGGACAGGCGAGGCCGCGCUCGCCUCAGAAAUUGAACCAAGCAAAAGCAAAUCAGCUGCUUGGAAGUCGGCGACGGGACGACACAGAAGAUCGUGAUCUAGAUGAGUCAACAGCCUUGGACAGCCAGGGCGACGUCGUACAGCAAAGACAUUCGAAUAGCGACGAGAGCGAAGCGGCAGACACAUCACGAGAUUACGGUAUGUUUGAUCAAGAUGACGAGGAACAAGAAGAACAGGAGGAAUCAGCAGAUUUUGUGCGCGACCAGAACGACGACGACGAAUAUCGCUUUUCGGAAGAGGAAGACGAUAAACAAAAUAGCAGCCCCAGCGGAGAAGCUGAAGCGGAGCAGCAGAAGAUCAUGGAACAACCCGGGACGGACGAAAUGACCGACGCGCCUACGCCGGAUGAGGACUCAUCAGACGAGGAUGGCAUCAUUGAUUACCCAAUUGUCGCAGAGAAAAAAGCGGGGUCUUCAGUUGAACAGGAGCUGCUGCCUGGUGACGUGGGAAGUGCAAGUAGCAAAACUACCUCCACAGCGUCCUCUCACGGAAGUGAUCAGGAUUUCGAUGCAGACUCCAGGCGAAGCUCUAUUUCAGCGGCACAGAAGCAGAAGCAGAACCAGAACGACACAAGAGACGACACGGAAAAAUCCACGGCCGACCUCGAAUCUGGCUUCGUAUCACAGCCUGCUUCUAGUGCUAGUCUUGAUGCAGAAACAUCUCGACAUGCCGAGUCUGCUGGUGCUCUAUUCGGGCAUACGGGACGAACAUUGAUAGAAAGGACGAAGAACGCAUCUUCUGCAAAUAAUACGUCCAAUUUCAGUAAUGCAACAUCUGUCUCGGCCUCGCCGGCUAAAGUCGCACUCGGGUCUCUUCCUGGUGGGACACGCUUGAUGCGAUCGCUGGUCUACCACACGAUCUGGAACGCGAGCACGUCCACGUCCGCGAGCGCGCACUUCUACUCCGACGAUAAAUGCAAGAUUACGAACGACAAAAUGACGCCCGCCGUAGAGGCGCACGCGCUGCAUGAGUGCGCGACGCACCGGCUGGACAUGGCAACGCCCGUUUUCUUCUCUAUGAAAGUGAACUUGUAUAGUCUCUACAUAUGAUGUUUUCGUUUUUCUAUUGCUUCAGUGUUGCAUUUCGUCGUGUUUUUUCGUCCAGCAGCAGAUCGAUCUCGAUGAUGCGACUCUGAUCCCCAAGCCCAAGCCCUUCACAAAGACAAUUUACUUUAACCUUGAAAUACAAAUACAGUUGCGGCGGCACGCGGUUGGAUUUCCAGCUCUGGAGGGGUCCCGGCUGCGGGCUGCUAGUAGGGGCUGGCUCUGCCCAAGUGUCAGCGAACCCUGUGUCGCCGCCGCCCGACGUCACGUUCCACAACGAGCGGCUUGCCAAACAGCAUUGCAUCCCGAUCUCGGAGCAGCUUUACGUGCGCUUCGAUUGCGACAGCGCUGGUGACGAGGAGAAGCAGCUUCCGGCGUCCAUCGCGAACAGCAGGCUGGUGUCGUGGCGGAGCAAGACGAAAUUCGUCGAGGCGCAAGCCUUCCACGCGCAUUUGUUUUACUGUGUAGACCAAAAGACCCUGAAGUACUGCUACCAGGGAAAGCGCCCGAUGCUCGAUUUUGAUCUGUCGGACGAGAAGAACGACGUGUUCACGAAGAACAGCGCGCUGCUGAUUACCAAGACGAACGAAGUGUUGACCAGGCUGCAAGUGUGCCCGGGCAUGCUGCCAACCUUCGACGUUGGUAGCAAUAGCAGCACUAGCACUGGUGGUUAUUCCUCCUCGGUCGUCGAGUACCCCUACCGGAUGGGUGUGUCGCCCACAGAGACGCAGAAAAAGUGUCCGGUGAUCGAUUCGACCGCCGCAAACACGCUGCAAUUCCAGGGCUGGACACUAAAGCCAGAGGGAGUGGUUCGCUACCCAUCCGAAGUAGCUUACAAGGAUCCGACGACCUGCGACUUGAAAGUGUCGCUCUACUCCAGCAAGUAUCUGCUCGACACCAACGACCAGCUGGUCGGCCGCGGUGAGGUCUCCGUUGCCGCCAACGGCUUUCUGCAGGACGCGCGCAGAGUGACCAUGACGGACCCAGCCGCGCUGAAGUACAAGUUCAUCCUGCAGCCCAACCAUCGGUACAGCACAGACACGUCGGCUAGCGCCAACAUCCGGAAUGAGAACGACAACUUGUACUGGAUCGUGCGCGUUGCCUGUGUUCGCCCCCCCGAUGGCGUUUUUGACGAGGACGGCGACGAGGCGCAGGACAAACUCCACUGGUCGGAGUACUACGGGUGCGGCAAUUACCUGUGUCUCGACCAGUCCGCACCCGGAGAGUCCGCGUCGACCGAAACAACGAAGCUUGGCGCCACCCGCAUUUCGGCCAGCACGGGGCAGGUCCCGACGAUUGUGAACGACUUCUUAGGCAUGCACACGUGCACUAGCAAGCUGAACGCAGCGAAGUUCGUCAUCCUUCCGCACGACAUCGCGGUGAUCAGCAAGCUGUACCAGAACGAGAUGCAGCGCAUCCGGUGCUUGGACCCGACGUCCCUUCCGCCACAGUACGCGAUAAGUCCCCUCGCAAACAUGACGAGUCUGGAGGAAAUUUUCUCUUCCGACGCAGCGCAUUCGAGCAACGCCGCGAAGCAUUCCUACAACAACCAAGUUGGCAGCGCACUGGUGUCGUGGCUCACCAUUUUCCUCUACGUCGGCAUGAUUGUGUUUUUGUUCGUCUGGUUCUUGUGGUUCACGUUUAAACACGAGCAUCACCAUAUGUACGAACGGAAGCACAUCCGGGAACCGACCGCCAUGCCGUUUCUGCCGCACCUGCAGCAAGACGUGCUCGGAGGCAACGACGACAGCAGCUCCGACAGCGAUGAGAGCGUGUUUGACGCCGGUCUCGCGGACGAGAGCGACAGUGGCGAUGACGACGACGAUGGAGGAGGUGCUGAUCGUCCUGCGGGCGACUCCAAAAAUGAGAAGAGAUCCACCAGGACGACCAGCGAGGAGAAGGAGGAUAGAGCUAAGAGUCAGAACUCAAACUCAUCCUCAGCUUCAGCCCCCAAGUCGACGUGGUGCCCGAGCGUGCGCUCUUCGACGAAGAAGAAGUCGGUGUCUGCGGAAGGGGAACUGACGGUCGCGGAGGUUGAAGAAGGCGACGACUACGACGGCAAAUUCGCCAAAGGAAACAGCAAGAAGUCUAACAGCAAGGCUUCGGCGGCCUAUCUGGCCUCGCAGAAAAAGAUGACGGGCAAAGACCACAUAGACCAUCCCUCGGACGAGGAGCCCGAAGGACCAGUCCACCGGAUUCCGGUUAGCAGCCAAGUUAGUGCCGACUUCGCUCCCGAAGAUGCGCCGAAGAAUCACUACGUCGCUCCGCACGGACUGCUCAAGCCAAAGCCACCGCCGCUGUCCUCGUUUCCGUCGCGCUCUGCGGCUCAAGCCGAAGCCACGGACAGAAUCCGCAGCCUGGCGGAUUUGAAAGCAAAGGAAACGAGGGAACAGGCAAAAGCCAAUCCAAGGGUACUUGUUCGACUUUUUGCAUUUUUAGUUCCACUUUCCAAACCACUGUUGAUGUGCGCGUUUGAUCCCACCUUGAGGUCAUCGACCUCCUGCCAAAAAGGGUAGUUGCGUGUACAGGGAUGAAGUAGAUAGUAUGUGAGAUACAACCUUAACGUUUUUCUCCUGCGUUUGGUGUUGGAGUAGUACUGGUUGUGGUUUCAACUACAAAAAUAAAUGUUCUCUCAAAAUGAAACUCAAACAGGAAGCAUUGUACCCUCAUGUAGCAGGAACUGGCGACGGCAGGCGCAAGGAGGGCGUUGAUGGAGCGCGCUACGUUCUCAAGGGCGGGAUGGACGAAAAGUGGGAGGAGUUGACCGGCUUGCAGACGCAAGGCUGGGGCGAGUCGGCCGUUCCGUUCGAGCGGGUUCCCAGUCACCAAUCGGUGCUUCUGAACAAUAUGAACCCUAACAACGUGGAAGAAAAGGAGCUAACGCACCUGGAAAAAGCAGAGAAGCAUUACAACUCAGGCGGUCAGAUUCGGAAAGCCAUGUUAGAGCGGAAAAAGCACGACGCACACAAGAUGGAAUACUCGGAGAAGGAACUGCGCAACGACGUCGAAAACGCCAGCGUGAAUAACAUCAUCACCGUGCACGAAAACGUCGACACGCAGCAUGGCGGGGAAUAUGACAAGCUGCCGUGGUUCUUCUGA